UUUCACUUCAUCCAGAGGCUGAAAUGGAGCUGCUCGUCCUCCUGAUCUUCUUCCAUCUGAUUCUGGACAUUAACUCUCAAUAUCGUCCUCAGCCCCAGCUCUCUGUGUCUCCUGAAGUUAUCACACUGAGAGGAUCAGUGCAGCUUCACUGUCAUGUUCCAGACCAUCUUAAAGUGUAUCAGUGUUUUUUCUACCCAGAGACACAAAACACAAAUAUAAAACUCUCUCCAUCGUGUCAGCUCUCAGUCACUGGUUCUGAACUGAUCAGAUGGACAGGACACAGAUCUCCUGAAGCACUUCGUAUUAUUUGUUACUACACUGUGGAUAAAUCAGUUCAUGUUCCUUCUCCUCACUCUCUCCCAGCUCCAGUCACAGUGAUGUAUCAGAAACCGAGACUAAGCGUCGGUUAUGAUGAUCAGACUGAUGACAUCAUAUUUUCAUGUGAAAUACCAGAGUCAGAGUCAGUAGCUGCUGAUGUUAGCUGUAAUCUCUACACUGGAGAAAAUCCUCAGCCUUAUCUAAAGAUCCUAAGCAAUGAAAAGAAACCAUCUAAGAAGUUGGUUUGUAUUUUUACAGCACAGAGAAAUGAUGUGUUUAAUGUUCUGCAGUCAGUAAAGAGCAGUGAAGUGAGCUGUGAUUAUUCACUGAUCUCUGACUCGACUGCUCGCUCUCUAAUGAGUGAUAAAUACAAUCUGAUACCUUUUUUCCCUACACCGACACAGACGUCUACAACUGAAACAUCUACUGCAGGUUUAUUUUCUACACUGACACAGACGUCUACAACUGAAACAUCUACAGGUUUAUUUCCUGCACCGACACAGACGUCUACAACUGAAACCUUCACUACAGUUUCUACAACUGAUCUGAUUACCACAAAGCACAUAACCACUCAUUUACAUCCUGUACCGACGACACCAUCCACACCUACAGAGACAUCUACUGCAAUUCUUUAUACUCAUCUGAUCAGAGCGAUGACUGGAUCUUCUGAGAACCUGCAGGUUUCAUCCCUCUGGACGAUUGGAGCAGUGUGUGUGCUUGUGUCUGGAGCUUUACUGACUGGAUUCAGUAUCUUCAUCUUCCUCAGGACCGACAGAAGAGGAAGACCCUGGUGAGGUUUACACACAGGUGAUCUACACACUCUCCUCUCAGCAGCUCUCAGAAGAAACUCAGCUCCUUUCAGCUUCCUCUGAAUGAUGGACACCGAUCAGGACGCGCUGCUUCUCGUCUGUGCUUCAUUUCAUUUCAAGUCUCUGCUUAAUGAAUUCAUCUCAAUUAGCUUCCACUUGUUCACUGUAUCGAUAGACAAAGUUUCAGAUGAUUUUAUUGUGAUCGUGAUGAUGUUAAAUAUUUGUGAGAUAUAUUUGGACAGGUUUGUAGACCUCACUGCUCCAUACAGAAUGAAAUGAUUACACUGACUACAGCAUCUGGGUCCAGUGGUGUUGUGAUUGUGGGGCUUCAGGGGAUUUAAACCCCUCAUGUUCUGUCACAAGUCUCUGGGCUUUUUAAGAUUGGAAACGUUUUACACCACAAAUAAAGUACCAGAUUUACCAGUACAAGAAACCCGUCUGUCCGUCAGCGUUCAUUUGACACGUUUUUUCAGCUAUACGCAGUUUUAAAAGUCACGUGUCGAGCUGUUAAAUAGAACAGAACAGUAACAUGUUUCGGUCAACAGGUGGCACUGUUGUAGGUUCCGGCCAUUAGAUACUCGUCAUUAAUUAAUUAAUUCAUUCAUUCAUUCAUUCAUUCAUUGUUCAGCCACAUUUGACACUUUAAAUUCCAGUAUGUUAGUUUUGUUCUGAUUAUAUUAAAUAACUUGAAUUUAUUAAAUGUAGGUUUACGUCAUAAAUAUAUUAAUACUUUUGUUAUUUAGAGUUGUCGUUAUUUCGUGAGUCACUCAGGGGGUUGAGUCCAUCAUCCCUUUGAACCCUAGCAAUGCCCCUGAUCUGGGUUUAUGUGAUGCUGUGAUU